AAAAAAAGAACCAGUAGUGGGAGAAAGAGCUGUGAGCGACACCGAGGCGGUCACGCUGAUAUCCAGCCUGCUGUCAUGGCCUUCCUGUGCAGAAAUGCUGCGUUGCUGCUGAAGCCCUCCCGAGCAGCCCCGGCCGUGCUGUCCGCAGCCCGCCUCUGCAGCUCAGGUGGUAACUAUGAGUAUAUUUUGGUGGAAAAGCGAGGCGAGAAGAAAAACGUGGGUUUCAUACAGCUGAACCGGCCUAAGGCUCUCAACGCUCUGUGUAACGGGCUGAUGAAGGAGGUGGGACGAGCGCUGGAUACGUUUGAAGCCGAUGGAGAUGUCGGUGCUGUCGUCAUCACUGGCAACGAAAAGGCCUUUGCUGCUGGAGCAGACAUUAAAGAGAUGCAGAAUCGGACCUUCCAGGAGUGUUACGGCGGAAACUUCCUGGCUCACUGGAACAGAGUGUCCACGGUGAAAAAACCUGUGAUAGCAGCUGUCAAUGGAUUUGCUCUCGGUGGAGGGUGUGAGCUGGCAAUGAUGUGUGACAUCAUCUACGCCGGGGAGAAAGCUCAGUUCGGCCAACCAGAAAUCCUGCUGGGGACCAUUCCCGGGGCGGGUGGCACCCAGAGGCUGACGCGUGCAGUGGGCAAAUCCCUGGCAAUGGAAAUGGUACUAACGGGGGACAGGAUUAGUGCUCAAGAAGCCAAGCAGUCAGGUUUGGUGAGUAAAGUUUAUCCUGUGGACCAGCUGGUGUCUGAAGCUAUAAAAUGUGGAGAGAAGAUUGCCGGCAACUCCAAACUAGUGUCUGCUAUGGCCAAAGAGGCUGUAAACGCAGCUUUUGAACUGACUCUGGCUGAGGGGAAUCGCUUAGAAAAGCGUUUAUUCCACGCUACCUUUGCAACCGAUGAUCGUAAAGAAGGCAUGACCGCCUUUGUGGAGAAGAGAAAGGCCAGUUUCCAGGACAAUUAGAAAAGGAGGCGAUCGAGAUCACGGCCAAGAACAAAGUUUCUGAUAUCAGUGGCUCACUUUCUUACUUUUAAUAUGUUGAAUGAUGCACAAAUCCAGAUUUAUUGGAAUAUGCCAGCUGUUAGGAUUUGGCGCCGAGUGAUUGCACAAGAGUGUCUUUAUCUCAUUGAAACCCUGUCGGGUGAGGAUCAGCAUCAAAAUCAACUGCAGGAUGCAGGAGGAUUGAAUGUGAAUAUGAUUUGAUAGCUGUCAUAUAGCCGGUGUUUAACAGGUGGGAUGCUGCAUGUCUUGUGACAUGUUCUGAUUUCUGCCUUUCCAUUUGUCAGAUGUUUGUAUUUUGUAGGCAACUUAUACUGUGUACAUUUUACAAAUAAAUCCCCAGAGUGACUCUUAA